AUGCAACACAGUGCCGAGCGCAUCAGCUCACAUGUGGAGCAGACUCGAUUAAUUAACUCUGGUGUGUCGCACCAUGAAAAGGGCUGCGCCGCCGGCACCGACUACGACGUGCCGCAGCCGCCGCGCCCCGCCGCCGCCCUGGAGCCGCCCUGGAUCGCGCUGGUGGCCCGCGGCGGCUGCACCUUCAAGGACAAGGUCACCAACGCGGCCCGGCGCCGAGCCGCCGCUGUCGUCAUCUACAACGAGCCGCGCUUCGGCAACGCCACCGUCUCCAUGUCCCACCUCGGAACAGGGAAUACAGUAGUAAUUAUGGUUGGCUAUCCAAAAGGAAUAGAGAUUUUGGAACCAGUUCGAAGAGGAAUUCCAGUAAAAAUGACCAUUGGUGUUGGGACGCGACAUGUGCAGGAGUUCAUCAGUGGACAGUCGGUUGUGUUUGUAGCCAUUGCCUUCAUCACCAUGAUGAUUAUAUCACUAGCUUGGCUCAUAUUUUACUACAUACAACGUUUUCUGUAUACUGGGUCACAAUUUGGAAACCAGGGCUACAGAAAGGAAACCAAGAAAGUGAUCAGCCAGCUUCAGCUGCAUACUGUUAAACGUGGAGACAAGGGUUUAGAUGUUGAUGCAGAAAAUUGUGCUGUGUGCAUUGAAAACUAUAAACCAAAAGAUACUGUCCGAAUUCUACCAUGCAAGCAUAUUUUUCAUAGGAUAUGCAUUGACCCGUGGCUGGUGGACCACAGAACUUGUCCAAUGUGCAAGCUAGAUGUCAUCAAAGCUCUGGGAUACUGGCCUGGUUGGCUUUUGUUUACCUACUUUAUUAUGAAGGGUGACCCUGAAGAUGCAUUUGAAGUUCCAAUACCUGAAUCAAUAAGUGGCAGUGUUUCCCUUGGAAGUUUGAGCAUUGCUUUGCAAGAAGAUGGCCGAAAUGAAGUGUGUGGUCUACAUGGUUUCAACUUUACCAUAUGUCAAUUGGGGAUAGAUAAGAGUGCAAUACUGGAGAGCAGACUCGUGGUUUUGAGAGUUCCUUCUAUCAUCUGUGGUUGUCAUGAAAGGCUUUCCGCAGCAAAUUUUAAUGUCUGCAGGUUAGUUACCCCUGGUAUCCCACAGACACCCUGCUCCCCUGUGACUUUUGUCCUAAGAGGGAAGGGAGUGAGUGGCUGGUUCCCUGAUAGCUCACUUGACAUGGAUGGCAGUAAUAGUCGGCAUGGAGAACAUCUGUCUAAUGGAAAUUCCCACUGAAUGGCUUCACUGAAGACAUUUUUAAAUUAGACUGUGAAAGAACUACUUUAUUUUUUAUUUAAUUAGUAUGAACUUUUGUCUAGUUGGAAAAAUAACAAUGUACAUUGUUUUACCUUUCAAACUUUUCUAGUUUGUGUUCCAAAAGGGCUAACAAGACAAUUUUGUACAAAGAGGAUUUUUUUUAAAUUUCCUCUGUUGAUCUUAUGAAAGAUGCAAUAACCCUGUUGCUGUAACAAUUACUAGAGUUGUACUCCAGGGGACUCAAAAACUAGGAAGAGAGAACAGACUGUAAAAAGUCUAAUGCAUAAAUAUAUUGGGUACAUUGUUUACACUUGGCAUGUAGAUGCAGUUGAGCACUUACAGCACUACAUUUGAUUAAAUCAUACUUUAAAAAUUCAGAUUAAAAUUUGCUGCAACUAGAGGUGGAUGGCUUUCUUUAAAUAAUCUCUCACUAUAGAUUAGACAGGAAUCAAGUUUUGGGGUAUUACAUUUGAUGAAAAAUAAUCUAUUUAAAUUUUCCUUAUAUAAAUAAAGACUGAUAGCUCUUACAGUGUAUUCCACCUCAGAGCAGAAUACAUAACAUUUUCCAUCUCAUUAACUUUUAUACCAAACUGGUCAGUAACAUGUUGGUUUUCAGUACCUGCUGGACAGUCUUGACAUGCUGAGCGUAUAGACUUGCUUAGCAUGCGCAUCAGUUACCUCUAUUUUAAUCUUUAACUCAGUUAAAUAGAAAAGGGCUAACUAUGGCUAGGAAAUGUAUUUAUUAAUCUAUUUAUGAGAUUUCAUGGAUUUCCCUUUUAAGCCCCCCUUAUUCCUUAUGCACACACUGGAAGCAAGAUCUAUAUAACAUUAGAGGGUUUUGCUCUUUGUCCAAGAAGCUAAACAUUUUUCUUGUGGGCAUUUCCCAUUUAAUAGUUUAAAUGGAUUUGUCACUAGUUUUUAUUCCUUUGCUAGAGUAGCAGUAUUGUGCCUUAUUGGAAAGGGCAGGGGGCACUAAAUCUGAAGCACCGGACUAAAUAAAAACCCCUACAUCUUCGUUUUAUUCUCCUAUUCAGAUACUUGCAUGCUGUAGAUGGUAUAAGGCAAUGCUAAACUCAUUUUGUAAAGAAUUAUGUACAGUUACAACACUAUCUUUAUAGUGUUAAAUGACUUAGGAUUUUAGUAUUGUCAUGUUAUAAAUGACGUGGUACAUUCCUCAUACUUUUUUGUAAGUAGCUACUGCAGGUUGCUUAAAAUGGUGUCUCCUGCUAGAUGUGUUUUAAAGUGCAUUUUGUUUCUAAGAUAACAUGUAUUUGGAAUGUUUUUAAGAAAAUGCCCACUUUUAAAAUUUUUGUUGUGGGUCAGUUGCAGAAGUAAGUUGUUUGAUGUGGUGUGUGCAUGUUGUGUUUUAUGUUUUGUUUUUAAUUUUAGAAUGAAUGUUCCAAAAAUAAAGGGGCUUUUCAAAGAGAAGAAAAAUGAGCAUUUAGUAGAGUGAACAGUUGAGCCUCAAAUAUGAAUAUUUUGAAAAAAUAUUCAUGAUUUGCCUCUCUUCGUGAUAGGAACAUCAUUCAUUUAAGAUCUAAUGGAACAACUACUAGGGUUCACCUUUCUUAUGUCAACACAAAUAUUGCACCUUCUGGUGUCUUUAUUUUAUAAGAAUCAAAUGAAGGAGUGGAAUAUUUACUGACUGGCAAUACCAUUUGCACACACCUCCCCUUGAUUCAUAGGAACCACUAUGCCUCCAAACAAGGUCAUCAAUAUAUCCAGAACAGUCUCCUCUGAGGCUUUUCCAUCCGUAUCGACACAAAGUUGAACAUUGAUUAAUCAGGACUGUGAGGAUCAUCAAUCAGAAGAAGCCUGAAGGAGUUAUCAGCUGAAGUCUUGUGAUGCAUGGUAUGAAGAUUCAGAAGCUGGAAUUCUAGAUUAAAAGAUGCACAAAUCCAAGUUUUAUUCCAUCUGGGUAUCAAUAUCAAUUCAUGGAUUUUUAUUUAUUUAUGGCAUUCUUUAUUUGGAACUGUGAUCAGUAGGAAAUCUUUAUGAACACAUGUACCUGCCUAUGUAAGGGACAGAUGCAUCAUCUGGAAACUUCAAGCCUAUUCAUACUUGAAUUGGACUUAAAUAUAGUUCACUGUGUAGAUAUAUUGCCUAUGCUAUGUCUAUCAGACAAUGAUAAUACCAUUUUUUCUAUCUACAAAAAAGGAUAAGAAAUUGGCAUUUCCACU